AUGACAAUUGAGCGAAAGGUUGUCUCAGUCGUUGGAGCUACUGGGAAACAAGGAGGUUCCGUCGCCCGAUCAUUGCUUCAAAACCCAGAGUUCCAAGUUCGGUGUCUCACUCGUGAUACAUCAUCGACAGUUGCAGAGGAGCUACAGUCUCUUGGGGCUGAGAUUGUUCAAGUUGAUGGAGUUAAUGAGAGUGAGACUCAACAGGCUAUUGCGGGUAGCUGGGGAAUCUUUAUUAACAAUGGAUACUCCAACUCGGAUAUUGUUAGAGAUGGACGAUAUGAUCUCGACUUCGGCAACUGCAUCCUUCGCAGCGCUGCCGCCGCAGGCAUCAAACAUGUGGUUUUCAGCUCUCAGCCUUCGGCUUAUGAACUUAGCAAUGGAUUAUUCAGAACGCCUAUAUUGGAUGUAAAGGCACAUGGAGAAUCCUGGGGACGGGCAAGUCCCGCGUUCAUCACAUUUACGCCUAUUAUGUCCUCGUGGUACUUGGAAGACUUCCUCAUGCCGUCAUUUUACAAAGGAUUCGGUGGAUUUCCAUGGAACGAGGACGAUGAAGGAUAUCUCACAUUUCGGAGUCCACUCAUUGGCGGCCCGGAACACGUACCCUGGAUUUGUAUAGAUGAUGAUUUCGGUGAUCUGGUGCAUGGAAUCUUCUUGACCCCAAUGAGAUGGAAUCACCGGGUGGUUCAGGCCGUUGGAGACAUUAUCUCUUUUGAGGGCGUGGUGGAUACUUUUAUCCAAGUGACGGGUAAAAAGGCUCGCUUUAUUGGGUAUGAAGAUCCCUCGCAAUUCCCAGCCUUUGAUAAGCCUGAAUUGAAAGAAUCGAGGGACGUCUUUGCAUUUUAUCAGCUGAGAAAUGGGGAAUUAUUUGGGACCGGGAUCACUGAGUCUCAGACGGCGGCAGAGUUGAAACAAGCCGCAUUUAAAGCGAAGGGUGGAAAAGGUCGUGAGAAUCUGACAACUUGUGCCGAAUGGUUUAGGGAGGUAUUCAUUGCAUCCAAGAAAUCUUGUUAG